UGCGCGCCUGUCAAACAAACGAGGCUUCAAUUUCUUUAGCGGCCUCGUGGUGUUGUGAAAGUUAAAUUUGGAGAAAAAGAGCGAUUUUUGCUACAAAUCCAACAGUUUAAGCUGUGGAAUUUAGUCAGAUAUAAAUCUGGAUAUAAUGCGCCCAAAGAGAGCUAGAGACAUGGAAAGUCCUUGGAAUGCAUAUGACAGCGAGGGAAAAAGAAUUGUAAAUGCGGAGGAUGUGCCAAGCUCUAAAAGGAGGAGGGGAAAUCUUGCUAAAGACAGUGUUAGAAUCCUAAAGCAAUGGUUGUAUGACCACAGGUACAAUGCAUACCCAACUGAUCAAGAGAAAGUUUACCUGUCAAAUGCUGCAAAUUUGACAGUUUUGCAGGUCUGUAAUUGGUUCAUCAACGCUCGACGACGCAUCCUUCCAGAAAUGAUCAAAGAGGAUGGGCACGAUCCAGAACAAUAUAUGAUAACACGUAAACACAAGCAGUCAUUGCUGGAUAGAUUUGAUGAGAGAAUGAUUAAACAGUCGGAUAGCUCUUAUUCAGACUCUAAUGUGAUACCAUAUAAAAUUGGCCGUCUUGAAAGUGUCAUUUCAUCCCAGUCACAAAGAAUGCCAGAAAUUGAUGGCUAUAUGUCUGAUUACGAGGCAUCUUCUUCUAGUGACAAUUUUUCUGAAUCAGAAGGAAGUGGCGAUAGUUUACAUGGCGUUCAUUUCAGUCAUCAUCAUCAUGGUCAGAUGCUUGCACCAAACAGCCUGAUCAUCUACAAUCACGACAAUGGAUCUCAGUCUGAUGGGCAGAGUGAGUGUUCCAGUGGGAAUACACCACCUCCGUCACCUCCAACACAAAGUCCGAAUGUGAUCGUAAAACCUGUUGAGGAAGACAGAUUCCGUCCAUUCUUUAUGUUAGUAGAUGUUGCCAUGAACGAACUUGAGAAACAAAAAGAAAGUGAAUCAAAUUGAUCAAUUGAUUGUUACAAAAUGAAGAAGAAAAUCAGGAUUACUAUGCAAUUCAUUCCAUAUGUGGUUUUGACAUUGAGGUUGCAUUUAAAACUUGGAAUUGGCAUAAAAAAUCAUUGUGUUAAUGGAUAAAAAUUAUUCAGUGAUGCUGAAGUGCCGUUGAAUGUGUUCAAAUUUGUUUGUUUUUUCAGUCUAUGCAUUUAGUUGAUUUUACUGUCUUGUUAUGUUUAUUUUUCUACUAAAUAUACCCCUUAUCAGUGCUUAACUUCAUUAUCUUUGAAGCAUCCAUAUCUCACAAAUUAUCUUUGUCAUAUUGUGUUUCCCAUAGACUUGUUUUUACAAGGAAAUUGAUCAUUAGAUAAUUUUAAGAUUUUUAUCUUCAACUUUGAGACUUAUUGUGAUCGAGGUCGACUUGUAUGUUUGUGUUAUUCGCACCAAAAGUUUAAUAUUGAAUGUUUUGUUUUAUGAAUUUAUUUGGAAUAGGUUAUAGACUUCUACAUGGGUCUCUUUAUUAUUAAAGUUUAUACUGUUGAUAAAAGUUUGAAUUUAAAUCUGUUUUGUUUUUUGGGUUUUUUUUUUUCACACUAUACCUACUGAAAUUGAAUUUAAGUUCUUAUGCUGAGAUAACUGUUGCGUCAUAUUGGUUUCUAUAUAUAAAAAACACAUUUUUCUUCAACAAGGAAGCAUUAUCAAUCAAAUGUAUUAAAAUUGGAUGUAUAGAUCUCUAUGUAGAAUGACACACUAUUAAUCACUAACUAAUACAUUUAUUUGUUUAUGGCUGACACCUUUGCAUCUUUGUGACAAUAAUAUAUCCCCUAGAGCAGUUUGGAUUAUUUUAUUGAUAAAAGGGAUUUUCUGGCAUGGCUUCAUGAAGGGUUUUGAUGUUUAUCCAAACUCUUUUUUUUUUUGUUAUUAAAGAGACUUGCAAUGAAAACAAGACUUUGAAAAAUCAAUAGCCAUUAAAUAAACAGGAAGUUAAAUGUUAAAACAUGAUCAAACUGUUAAAUUGAUCCUUUUGAGGUGUUAUUUUUCAUGCAGUUGAAUAAGGUAUUAAUAUGCAGCAGAGCUCCAGAUAAGCUUUUGGUGCAAUUGGGUAUUUACCCAUCACUUUUUGUCUGAAUUGGGUACUGGAAAUUUGAAUUGGGUAAAAAUAAUAUCAUUACCCAGCCUUUUCAGAAGUAAUUGGGUAUUUGCUAAAACCAAUUGGGUAUUUUACCAAUCUCGCACUAACAAUUGAGUAUUUUUUUUGCUUACAGUAUACAUGGUAUAUAUCAUUAAACAGGACUGACUAAGUAUUUUAAUGGCACCCUUCAAUGUUUAAUACAAAAAUGUAUUUAAAAUUGUAAUGAAUGUUUCAUACUGUUGUUUUCUUUUUCACUUUUAAUGCAGUCUGAGAUCAGUUCAUCCACAAUAUCCCGAACGAUGUGGUCACCGCAAUUUGCAUUUUCCCAAAAGAUGUCAUCCAGUAUUGGUGACACUACAUCGUCACAAACAGAUAACUGUCAUUGUUGAACAGCAAAAUAUCCUACUAAUUUGUUUGUUUGUGCUGCAACAAUGUUUUUUCCUGCAACCUCAUUUAUCGGCGUAAAAUUGUUUACAAAGCGUCCAAAUAACACCGAUCAGCCGACUGAAUGGUCCUGUUAUUUUUCCGAUAACUUGCAACCUGUUCUGCAGUAACGUAUAACCAGUCAGUCAAAUCUAGCGUUAAAGUCUCGUACCCGUUCUAGUUAUAAGGAAAAUGCGAUACGCAAGCUAUUUUUUACGAAUUGGGUAUUAGGAAUUUUAAUUGCGUUUCAGUACGCACACUGUAUGAAUUCAAUUGGGUUUUCUGCAAUUUUAAUUGCGUAAAUACGCAAAUACGCAGCUUAUCUGGAGCUCUGAUGCAAACUGAAUUGUUAUUUGUGGUUCUGUGGUAUUUUGUGUUUGAUAUGAUGAAAGGGAGUUAAGAGUCUGGGAUAAUAAAACUGUUGUUGGCUGUUUUUUUCUUCCAAUGUGGGAGACCUGAAUUUAAUGUAGUGGAAUAUUUAGACAUGAUUAUAUAUAAUUCUUACUGUCAGGUGAUUUUUGUAUUCAAUAAAAAGUUGUGUCGCUAUUAAAUUUCUUGAUUAUAUGGGGAAUAUCUCUUUAAAAUUUUUAUUUGGGGAGAAUGAAGAAUCAAGUUUGAUAUUUUUAAUUUGAAAUAUUUACAAUGGGUUUGUAGGCAGUUUAUUAACUUUCUUAGUGCAUAAUUGAGCUACAUAGGCAAUUAUUUUUCAAAGGGAUAAUUGGGAAUAUUUUGAUGUUUCUAUUGAUUCAACAAAUUUAUUACUGUACAGUUAAACUUGUAACAAUAUAAAUGAACUAUUAAAUUUUAUGAAUGGCCUAGAUAAAACAUGAAAUUGUGACAGAUGUCUUAUAUUAAAUUUCUUUUGAAAACGUCUCAUUUUACCCAUAGUAGUAAAAUUCAGACAUACCUUUGUCUUGCUACGUUUGCAAUUUAUAGCCUAUUGAAACUAUUCCCAUUCUAGUGAAGAAAAUUUUAGUGAUACUCUAGUUUUCUGUGGAACAAAUGCUAGUAUCUCUAAAAGCGGCAAAUUUUAACCGAUACUGUGGAAAUUUAAAAAAGGUGGAGAUAUCAGUAAUUGCAAAUUGAGGUGUUGACAAUAAGUUUAAGUAAUUGCUGUAUAGAUAGCACUUUGGAGCAUCAGUAAAAUCAAAGAAGUUAUUUCUCUUGAAAGUUCAAAAGGAAAUAAAAAUAACAAUCCUUUAUUGUUUACUACUACUAUGCAUGUUUUUUUUGCUCACACAUCUCUUUAUAUUUCUAGUGUGAAAAUAAUGCUAUCUGAUCUUCAAAUGGGAGUAAUUACCUUCUACCAUGACUUGAAAUUUAUACAGGUUGAUGCAUCAAUAUAUUCAUAAUUUUAACAUGUCCUAAACAUUGCGGAAUGAUACUAAUUUCACUUGGGAAAUGAUUACAUUUUACUCAGUCUUUAUCAUAGACCCCCCUGUGUAAAAUCUCAAACUUGAAACUAAAGUAAAUUAUUAAAUCCAUAAUUUUUUCAAUGAAACUUAAAAGUUAUAUAGUUUGUAGCAUCGUCUGGGGCAUGUGCAGUCAAAAAUCUAAUUUGAUUUCAGAAAUAGUGUGAUAUUCAUUUCUAAAGUCACUAUUAUGUUCAUUAUAAAAAUACUUCGUUUUACCCAAAAUGCAGCUCUCUGAUUGGUCAGUUAAAACUCCUGAUGUCAUGAUAAAGUUAUGAAUUAUUGAUAUUAGCUGAGAAAAGCAAACUAAUCAACACCCAUAUCCUAUAGCAAUACCUACUUUAGUAAAAUUGAAUACUUUCUGUCUGGAACCUUUGCACUAGCCAAGUGUGAAAUUAGCAGGCAUUUCUGUUCAUAGGUUGGUCACCAACUAGUACCAUUUUUGUGCCUUAUAAUGUGUUACUGUUGAAACAAAAUCAUGUGUAGAUUUUAUACUUUGUUACCAAGUUUUCUUGUAUAUACAUUGAUCAUUUUUGUUAGUAUUAAAUUUGUAUGUCUGAAUUUGUGAACAUUUUAAUAAAAAUGUAGACUUACUGGUACAGUG